AUGUCGCGCCGCCGUCUCGCCGACAUCGCCCGCGCCGGUCUCACCGGUCUCACGUCCGGUGUUCGCACGCGUGAAACGUCCGUCGCCGCGCGCUCGCUCGCUCGGGGCGUCGGUUUUCGCGCGCUCGACGUGUCGCAGCGAACGAACGCGUCGACCAAACGCGCGCUCUCCAAGCGUGGAUUCGCCGCGGAUGCGGUCGGGAAGGAGGCGCCGAAGACGAACCCGGAUGGCAUGCCUCGAUUUCCCGAGGUCUCCGUCCCCGGAGCGCUUCGAGCGAUGGAUUACUUUGGCACGAGCUCGUUCGCGAUGACGGGGAGCCUGCUCGCGGCGGCGAGCGGAAUGGACGCGUUCGGAUGCACGGCGGUUGGCACGAUCACGGCGGUGGGCGGAGGGACGGUGCGAGAUAUUUUACUCGGUCAAGGCCGCAGGGCGUUUUGGAUGGAGGAGCAAGAGUACCUGUGGAUCGCCGCCGGGACGGCGAUGGCAACGUUUUUCGGGUGGGAAGCCGCGAAGAAGGAGUUCGGAUUUAAGGAUGAUGAUUACUGGAUCGAAGCGAGCGAUGCGAUCGGGGUGGGGGCGUUCUGUGUCAUCGGAGCGCAAAAUGGGAUCCGCGCGGGUGUGCCCGUUAUCGCGCAGAUGCUGUGCGGGGUGAUGACGGCGACGUUUGGAGGCAUCGUUCGCGACAUUUUGGUGCAGAGACCGGCGAGAAUUUUCCACUCGUACGCCGAUAUUUACGCCACGACCGCGGCGUUCGGGGCGAUGUCGUACAUCAUCGCACGCGCGGUCGGUCUGCCGCCUUCGCUUCGAAUAAUCGCCGGCGUCGGCGCCGGCGUGGGUCUUCGCGUCGCCGCGGAUACAUACGAUAUCCGUUUGCCAGUGUACGAGCAUGAAAACUCCAAGAAAUCCGCGGCAAGUAAGGGCGACAAGCGCUUUUGA